UUACCCAACACAAAUAUCCAUCAGUUUAAUGUCUCAUUCCGUUUGGGGAACAUGAAAGAUCAGCAGCUGAUCCUGUCCAGUCUCAUACUGUCUACACUGCUGCUGCUGCUGCUGUUGCUGAAGGAGCCGCACACCAUCGAGGCCAGGGUCUUCAGAGUCACCAAAAUGGAGUGUCGCACGUUAGACCCAACGUUUUCCCUCUUUAAAACCUGUAAAGUUGUGCACAGGGAGCACGGCAGGGCGGCACUAUAUGUCCAUAUAACGAUGCCAUACAAGGGGCCCAUCGAUGACAUCAUCGUUAAUUUGGGCGUUAUCAAAAUAUUGAAAAAUCGUCACUUUCAAUUUGUGAACGAGACCCUGGACUUUUGCUCGUUUAGGCGCCAUCCAUUGGUGUCCGGAUUCAUUGGCUUCCUCAUCAAUCCGUUGCUCAAGAUAACGAAUAUCAAUACAUCGUGCCCUCUACAGCAAGACUACAUUUUCAAUGGCUUCCCCAUCGAUGAGAGCACACUCAAAGAGAUUCCUCUACCAAAAGGCGUCUACGUACUCCAAUUGCGAACAUCCAUGCUCAAGAAGUGGAGGACUGACAUCAAAGUCUAUGCAACACGGGUUGAUGGGUAUACAUAA